UUUGGUAUAGUUAGAUAAAUUGAGUUUGUAUUGCAGUUGGUUUAUAGUUUUGUGAAUCAACGCUCUGUUGUCCUAUCAAAUCAGUGUUGGAAUUGGUUUAUAAAAUGCAUUUCCACGUGCCCAAGGCCCUGAAGUCAGUGAGGUAUACACUGGCUGGAGUUAACACCCUCUUUUUACUCACUGGCAUCGUGCUAAUCGCGACCGGCGCGAUCACGCUGGCGCAGGUCUCAGGGUACGCUGAUCUGGUGACGCAGAGGUUCUUCCGUCUGCCCACCUUCGCACUGGCCACUGGAGUGAUCAUCUGCAUUAUCACUGUGCUAGGGUUCUAUGGGUCGCUGUCGGAGCAGUUCUAUUUUGUUGCUGGGUACGCAGCAGCUCUCCUCAUGGUGCUAGUCCUGGAGGUGGCGCUGGUGAUCAGCAGCUACCAGCUGGCGGGGGGCGCGCGGGGCGAGGUGCGCGCGCCCAUGGCGGCCAGUCGCGAGCUCUACACCACGCGGCUCGAGGUCGCGCGCCUGUGGGAUGACCUGCACAGAGAGUUCGAGUGCUGCGGCGUGGCGGGGCGCCACGACUGGGGCGACCGCGUCCCUGUCAGCUGCUGCCACAUCGACUACGGGACCGUGUCCCCCUUCAACUGUACCACGGCCAACGCGUACGAGGCCGGCUGUCUGGUCCCGCUCAGCGACUGGCUCAGCUAUGAGAUGAAUGUCCUGGCUGUCACGGCCGUCGUGGUUACUGCUUGUCAGGUGCUGAUCACGGCAGCUUCAGGGUGGCUGGCGUGGAGAACCAAGUUUGAAGAAGUGGAACUGGAAAUGUAGACCACCAUAAACAUAUACAUAAUAAUAUACUUACUUACCUACUUACAAUAGCAAGUUCGUUAAGUAUAAAAUAUCAAGUGUAUAAUGCUGAUGUGAAUGGAUAGAUAUAACUAUAACUAACUAAGUAGUAGAUAAUUAUUCUGAAAUCCAAUAAAGUCGUCAAAAUACCA